AUGGCUGGCGGUGCUGCAUUUGGUUUCCAUCCUCACUUUGCUGGUGCUUGGCACAGAUUCGGUGGUAAAGCUCUCGGAGCUACCAUGUGGUUCUGGAUGAUGUAUCGCGCUAAGCAAGAUGGCGCUGUCCUUUUGGGUUUGAGACAUCCAUGGGAUCAUCAUGGCGAGGACCAUGGCGACGAACAUCAUUAA